UUCUUACUCUCUAAACCAAGCAACACAGAAACCCUACUUUGAUGGCCAAGGAAUUGCCGGAAGACUUGGUAACAGAGAUUCUGGUAUGGCUUCCGGUCGUCUCUCAAUUGCGAUUCAAGUGCGUCUGUAAAUCCUGGUACGCUCUCAUUACUCACCAGAAUUUCAUAAGAAAACAUCUCCUACACAACAACAACAACAACAGAAAUGCCCUCUUUCUCCUUAAAACCACCGAAGAUUAUACCGAAGAUUAUGUUGUAUCCACGCUUUCUUAUGAAACACUACAAGUGUCCCUUACACAACCUGUACCUCCACCGUAUUUUGGAAUGGCCAAGAAGGUUAGGGUUUAUCUUGUGGGUUCUUGCAAUGGUCUCGUUUGUCUCCAUGCUAACUAUGGAUUAAAUGUUGUUAUAUGGAACCCUGCAACUAAAGAAACAAAGGUUGUCUCCAACUCAAACCUGCCCCGAUACCCUGCUGGCUAUCACACCGUAAUUGAUGGUGUCGGAUUUGGUUUUGAUGCGAAAACUAAUGACUACAAGAUACUCAACCUUCUUAGUCUCUAUGACGACCCAAACUCAAUCCAAAGUAAAAAGAUUGUCCAAAGUGAGGUAUAUAGCUUAAGUGCCGAUUCUUGGAGAAAAGGUGAUAGCCCCCGUGUUUUCUUUUUAGUUGUCUUAGACCUAUGGAUACAUACAUCAAUGGGGUCGCUUCUUGGAAUGCAUCUGUUGCCGAUUGGAAGGGUGUGUUGUCGUUUGACAUGAGUGACGAGGUAUUCCUAAAAACACAACUGCCCGAUGAUGUUUUGAAUGAUAGUGAGAGACAUUUUUUCGUGUUGAAUGAAUCGAUUGCUAUGGCAGUUACUAAAUGUUCUGAAGAUCAUAUGUGGUAUAAUAGAGGAUGUUCAGAGGUUUGCUUUGAUAUAUGGUUGUUACUUGAAGUUGGUGUUAACAACUCAUGGACUAGGCUAUUCACUAUUGGACCAAUUACAGGAAUUUUUCGACCAUUAGGAUCUUGGAAGAAUGACAGCAUGUUCUUGGAAAAAUGUUACAGAGAGCUGGUCUUAUAUGAUCCAUCUACCAAAGAAGUUACUGAUCUCGAAGUUGGUGAUGGACAGAGAGUCUCGUGGCAGAUCAUUACUUACACGGAGACCUUAGUUUCUGUCAAGGGAGGACAUGAAGUUGAAGAGUAGGAUAAUUGUUGACAAUGCCUGA